AUGAUCUAUCUGUCAAAUGAGGUGAUUUUGAUACAGCAAUUGGCUAGCUCUCACUCCUUCUUUCCAAGCAUCCCUGUCAAGCAGGCUAAUGUGGGCAAGGCUGCACUCCUGCAUAUUUUUCCUGAUACAGUCCUUCUACAUCUUCCUAGUUUAUUUCAUUCUUCUUUGCUUUAUUUUUUCUUUUCUUUCCUUCCUUCCUUCCUAUUUUCCCUUAUUUUUUCUUUCUUCCAUUCUUUUUUUUUCUUUCUUUCCUGUUUUUUUUUUUUUUUUCUUUUUUUUCAUUCUUUCUUCCUUUUCCUUCCUUUCUUGUCUGUCUUUCUUUCUUUACUUCCUUCCCAUCUUUUCUUUUUUUUUUUUCUUUUUUGUCAUUCAUUCGUUCCUUCUUUUCCUGUCUUUUUCAUUUUUUUGUUUUUUUUUUUUUUUUUUUUUUCUUGUCUUUUCUUUUUUUUAUCAUUCUUUUCUUUUUUUUUUUUUCAUUUCAGCUUCUUAUCAUUCAUUUUCUCCUUCAUUCUGCCUGACUUUUUUCCAUCAUCUCUUCAUAUUGUUUUGUUUUCAUCUUUCCUUCUGCAGCAAGCAAUUUAUUCUACUCUUCCACCCACUUUUUUCAGUUCCUACAUCUCUUUCUUUUUAAAGUUUUCCCAGUUUUUACUCCUCACUAUUCCUGACUACAUAUUUUUUUUUCUUUCUUUUUCCCUCUUUCUUCCAAUACUUUCUUUUUUACUUAUCAUUCUCUCUGCAUAUCUUAAUCUUCCCAUUUCUGGCUAUCAAUUUUUUUUCUCUUUCAUUUAA